AUGGCGGCGUGGUUGGAGGAGGUGCACGACGAUGUGCUCCGGCGGAUCUUCGAGUUCGGAGCGCUGGUGGAAUGGCAGAGAGCCUUGCAGAGCUCCUGGAGGCUCUGGGUGAACACUUGGGCGUAUCUCCGGCGCCUGGAAGAGCUCAGCUUGACCACCUCAGACGACCUGCGCCGCGCGGGCGCGCUAGAGCGGGUCGGAGGUUUGGUGGCGCUGGAGCGGUUGCGUGUGGUGGAGGUGGAGCACUGUGCAGAGGCGGAGUCGGUGCUCUGCGGCUUUGACCAUUUGAGGUCCUUGGAGCUCAAGGAGUGCCACUUCCUCAGCGACGCGGUUUUAGAGACGAUCUUCCGGAACGACCUGCAGCUGCACUCUCUGGAUGUGAGCUGGUCCUCGUGCUUCAGCGACCAGCCUUGGGCCUUGGCGCCCCAGAGCCUGCAGAGCUUCGCCGGCGUCGGCUGCGAACAUCUCACCGAGCGGGUGGUGGUGCAUCUCUCGAGGAGAUGCCCAGAUUUGCAAGUGCUGCACUGCUCUCGACACCUGAACUGGAUUGGCUCGACGAGGAGCGAGUUCCUGCAGGCCUUGCGAGAGAUGCAGAACUUGAAAGACUUGGCCUUCGCCGAUGUGCCACUGGACGAUGAGUUGCUGGUGGCCUUGAGUGCGAAGCCCUUGGUGUCGCUGGAGCUGUGGUCCUUCCACGGAGACCGGUGGAUGACCAGCGAGGGCGUCGUGGAGCUGGCGAGGGCGUCGCUGAGAGAUCUGCGGAAGCUGAGCCUCGACAGCUUUGUCUUUCAAAACUCCGAGGUGCUCCAAAGCCUCUCGAGUCACUGUGAAGCCUUGCAGGAGCUGCUCUUGGAAGGGACCAUCCCCUGUUGCAUAGGCCCGAUCUGCGGCACCCUGCGCUGGGCAAACCUGGAAAAGCUUCGCUUGGCCUCCUGCGGGCUUUCUGGGAAGCUGAACUGCUCACAACUCCCGAAGCUGCGCUAUUUGUGGCUCUUCGAAAAUAGUGGCCUCACCAGCAUACAAGGCUGUGGGCAGCAGAUGGUCGCGCUGAAUCUGGGCUUGACAAGCUGCACUGAGAUCCAGGACUUCCGCUUGGAUGUCCUGACGAUGUUGGACGUGUCCUCUCUGAUGCUCUCGGACGCUCAGCUCGCCGAGCUCCUGGGGCCCUGCGCGCGCUCGGUGAGGCGCGCGGUGCUGGGCGGCAAUCGCAUCUCUGACGAUGUGCUGCUGGACUUCCUCCGUUCGGCGCGAGACCUGCACAGCUUGAGCCUGGUGGGGGCGUUGGGCGAUGGUUGGGGCUGUUUGAACGCGCUGGUGGAGGAAAGUGUGGAUGCCUUGGCGCCCAAACUGGAGCUGUUGGAGCUUUCGGAGCAAUCCUGCACAGGGCUGGCGUCGGCCUUCUCGGUCGAAAGCUCUCCCACAGGAUCCACCUUCCUCCAGCGGAGCACGGGGCGAGUCCGCGCGACGCCCGCGGCGCGCGGGCGUCGCGUGCGGCUGUGGAUUGUGACGAGUGGAGAACACCUGAGCCCUUAUGGACGCAUGGAACGGAUGGAUGAUUCCUGGUUGCCGGCCAUGCGCUGA